AGACCUCCAUUUCUGGUGGUGUACACAACUUAUGGAUUGCUGUUCUUGCUCUUACAGAUACAGUGUAGCUUUCUAAAAAGUGGCUUACUUUCUAUCGUUUUACUAAGCUCAAGGCCAUCGACCUAGUCCAAGUCCUUUCAUAAUUUUCUUCGCAACUUCCCUUCGUGGUUGGAGUGGCAUCAUCUUUUUUGUCAUUAUCUCAGCCCGCACCAUCAACAUCCUCGUCAUCGUCCGUCCUAUCGUCAAGUCUGAUUCUUGACUAAGAGAUCAUAGAGGAUCAUGACAGCUGCGUCUCCUCUCGGCCCACGCGGCGACAUCGACAUGGGCAUGCCAGCGACGCCGCCCAAUAAUGUCUCGUCUCAACUACAACAUAUGACACGUCGACUACACUCAAAAAACAUUCCUCCAGACUCGUCAAAAAACGCUCAACAUUUUUAAGAAUUAUGAGAAAAUAAAGGAGCAGCCUAAUAGUUCUGAAUGUGAAGAGUGUAUUUUUCCCUGUCAAAUUACAAAUUGUGAAAGUAGACGGAGCAGGAGACCCUGAGGUCAAGGUGAAGAUUUGGAAGAAUAGCAGUACGGAUCUUGAAAACAAUAUUCCUCCCGAGCGUGAAGAUGGCGGAGAAGAAGGUGAGGAAAUAACGGUGAAUCCAGCAGUAGUGGUGACGAAAAUUGACUCUCCCUCGCUGAUCGAGCUCGACGAAGACCGCUUCUCGCACCGCUUUUCUCAGCCUCAAGCUGAAGCUAUGAAGAUGGCGUUUCAAUCAGUAAUGAUGUUAGCCAGGAGCAUCUCUCACUGAUAGUGAUACGAAGAACAGCAUCUCCAUCUCUCACUGUCUCUCACUGUUUUGAGACAAUACCUCGUGCUAGGUAAAUGAAUGAAUGAAUGAAUGAAUGAAUGAAUGAAGACCAUUUUUUCACCGAGUGGGAGAAAGAACGACGCUGACUGUAGCUGCAAUGUCAGUUCCCUAGGCGGCCUAGGCAUCCACUAUCGGAUAUUGAUAUUCAUUAUUAACUUCUAUGAAGUAUGUUUUGUAGGUGUGUACUAGUUCUUGAACACCAUGCAUUGUUCUCGUUGGAGGCGGGUAUUUCUGCGUGUAUCAUAGUGUAUCCAAAAUGAUAAGAAAUUCAUGAUCUAAUAUCGACAACUACAAGCUUCCAUCUUCUACAAGCAGCCCUCGUUGUGGGAGGUCGUCCACGUUACAGAGCAGUCUGACUUCCCCUUGCGAGAUCAUGGAUGAGGGUCAUUUCGGUGCAGCUGCGGCAGCCUCACGGCCUACGCGUCAAGACAAGAUGACGAGCGUUGCUGUACAGACUGUAUAUGCUCCAGUGCUAAACAAUUCUCCAGUUCUAGACGAUGCAAGCAGUAGCAAGAGUUAAGGCUUGCCCUGAUAGAUAAAUUCAUCUUGAGAAGUGAUGAUGUAGCAUGCAUCAUCCUUUCACUGCGGUUCCUUUGAGUUUUCAGCGGAAAGCUGAUGCUUAAAAAAUUUCUUUUCCACGACGGGGAAAGAAACUAAAAGUGUGACUUUGAAGAUGAGUUUCUCGGAAGUUAGCUCCAAAAGAGAAUCAUGGACAUAUUUGAUAACGGCACAAUAGGACGCGGACUAGGACUUCUACAUCGGGACACGAUGAAACACGAAGAAGUUGCUUUCGUUGGGGCGUCAGCGGCACCGCAUGUGCACAUAGUAGCUGAGAUUUAUGAUGAUGCAGGAAAAAGCUUGCUCCUCGUACUUAGGGAAGUGGUGGGCAUGUUUUUGUUAAUGAGCGCACCAGAAUGAAAGAAAUUUGUCCUCUGUCGUGUGUUUAAAUUAUUGUUGUUAAGUAAGCCCGAAGUGGUCUCUACUCUUGGUCUUGCACCCUCCAAGAAAAGCAAAAAAUUAUGUCCUUGCACCUCCCAACAAAUGCAUACUUCUUUUCCACUUCUCAGUAUGACAGUAAUAAGCUUUUCCCUGUCAUAAGACCGGCAUCAAUCACAAUGGCGAUAUAGAGCUUUGCAAGAAGCUGAUUAUGCUUGCUAAAACCGCUGGUUGCGACUCGGUGAAAAUCCAGAAGCGGAGUCCCGAUAAGUGCGUGCCCGAAGCUUAAGACACGAUCAGAUUGUUAUCUCACCUGCAAUUAUCAGGUAUUAGUACUAGUCACCAUACGGCUUAACGAUACGAAAUACGGAAGACAUCGCGGAUUUUUACUGCUCUAAAAUGCGCAGAAAAGCCAGAUGCGUGAUACACCAUGGGGAAGAAUGACGUAUUUUUUUUCAAGUUUUGUGUUGGUUGUAGAAGAUUCAGCCUCACGUCACGAUUUUUGUUUAGCUCUUCAUCAGGAAAUGAAUUUAAUUAAAACUGAAUAUAAUCAGAAAUUUCUCCACAUUUGAGCAUUUCCAAAGUUAGUAUUUCAGUUUGCAAUCACAUUGGCACGACUUGCUAAGCUCGUUAUCAGGAAAUAAUUUUAUUUAAAACUGAUCAAAAUCAAAAAUUUUAGAAAGUUGUGCAUUUCAAAAGUGUUUCAAUAUAACAUCAUGUCAUUAAAACUCGCCAAUUUUAGUAUUUCUAGAAGAUGUUGCGUUCGAAGAAAAUAUGUUUUGAUAUUUGAAUUUGCGCUUACUUAGGUAGAAUGUCUUAGCUUGUAUAGCCAGAGAUAGCGUAAUUCCUUUUCUUAAAUUCCACCAACCUUCUGAUUCAUGUUUUCUUCAUCUCUUCAUCAGAAAUCGAAUUCAUUUAAAAUGGAAUAAACUCAAAAUUUCUUGGAUUUGGACGAAAUUUAGUUUCACCACUGAUUAAGAAUGUUUUGAUGAACUGUAGACAAAAUAUUCGUAUUGCUGGCAUAAGAAUCAGCAUCACCUGGCACAGGCUAUCAUAUCCUACCCUCUCAACAUGUUGUUGAUGAAAGAAUGAAUACUUUGAACCAACUACACAGGUAUCUGGAUUAUAAGCAUCGGCUGGAAUUUAGCGAUUAAGGCGCUUGUUGCAAGUGCGUCUCACCCUAGCCCUAGCGUCAUCUUCCUUGUCCAUCUAAUAUUCUCCUACACUGAAAAAUACUGGAUUUUGAAACGAAAGCCAAGGAGGAUAUUGAGGGUAAGAAUCCUCGUCUUGUCCAAUUGUUUACCUACAUCUAGUACAAGAGAAGAGAAGGCCGCCAAGGAAGGAUGCACCUGUAGCAUCUACCUCUUUUCUAAAGUAAGUCGCAGCUGGAGGUGCUGAUGCAAUUUGCGAAAGAAAUUGGUAUCCUUUUUUUCGCCAGUGUUUGGGACAUCUACAGCUGUGACGUCAUGGCCAGGGUCCUGUCUUAUGAGUUUGUUGUUGAAAAGAUUAUAAGAUAUUCUUUUCAUACGCGGCCGGUCCUCUUCUAUGCAUAUUUAUUAUGAUAUCGCGUCACUUUCUUAUCUUUAUCGUGUUGAAUGUUUGACACUCUAAUCGCUGCAAGCUGCGCAGCCGAUGAUCGCAAAGAUUCCGUCAGCGUUGAUUACUGACCUCGCACUGUGCCGCUACGCCAGAGAAAGAUUCUCGACCCUGAUUAUCUCCACCGGGAUGUCCACAGAUUAUGGAAAGGGGUUCUCUUUGUUGCUGAGUGCAGACUGAUUGCUUUCUCUCUCUGUUGAAUGUAGAAGAAUAGAAGCGAAACAUGAUUGCCCGCUGAACUAUCAACUAUGACCUAGUACUUCUGCUUUUCAAACAUGAUUCGUGUUCGUCUUCCAUCUUUGCCCGUCCCCUCUCGCCUCAUCCCGUCCAAUACUACUGGCACUACAGGUGCAACUUACACUGUAUAUUAUAGGAGUGGCCCUGGCCUCGUUCUCGCUCCUGCUUGCAAUGCUUUCGCUGCUGCAUGCAGUGCCGCCUGGGUGUGUACAGUGCUUCUGCGUGCAGUGCUCUGCUGCAAUGUGCGGCGCUGCUGGAGGGUGUUUCCGGGCGGGUCAGUAAGUGGGCGCCCGGGUUCGUAUUCAGCUUGCUGCGCAUCCAAGGUUCAAACACUUACAUCACUCGGGCGAAAUGUUUGGCAGAGGACGCACAGCGGCCCAGCGUGCCAAUCCUGGAGAAGAAAGACACUUUUCUAUGUAUAUAUAUUAGAUGCACUAGUACUUCUAAAUAAUAGAGGGGCGCAACAAAUAGGACAAAUGCGUCAGGAAUAUCAAACGAACUACUUUCUUCACCAGUACUGUAGUAAUCAUCUCUAUGUAUCUAUCUGUUUAUGUUACAUCACUUCCGAUCUACAACUUUCACCGAUCUACAACUUCAUCUCUAACUGUGGCGCGAGAUAGAAGCUUGCGUUGACUGCUGCGACCCAGAUGUGGUGAUGCACACGAAUUCCACGUACCCCUGCCCCUACGAGGAUCUAAAUCUCCGCUAUAUUACGCAUCUUCAAAGGAAGUUAGGAUAGCUGUUGUUAGGAUAGCCGUUCCCCUUCUACAAAACCAAUAGGAAGUUAGGAUACCACGCAUCUACUUCAAAACAAACAGCCGUUCUCCAUCUACAUUGAUUUACUUCAAGAACGGGGCUACUACUGUUGUGCAUCAAUAAUUGAUUUUUUUUUUGACAACUAGCUAGUAUGUUACACUUACAACUAAGAAGGAACUUCCGCAGCUAACUUCAGGAGUCCGCUCUAACAUUUUUCGGUAUUCGGAAAACAGCUGCUGGCCAGCUGGACAAAGCUGAAGAACGUCAUUCGCAAACUGAUGAAUUGAAGCAAGCAAGAGCAGACGCCGCAGAGGAGACGAACGCAGAUGUGCCUGCAACAGAACUUGAUGUUAGGGCUAGUGUCUUUCAUCUCUAGCUCAAGUAAUAAGGAUACUGUAUUGUGAUUUGAAGGUGUGUGAUGCCAAACCUGUUACAACUUAUUGAAAGGCUCCUGGCGAAUCAUGAUCCUUCAUACUACUUAAUUUCUAGCGUCAAACUCUGAAGAACUAGUAUAAGGGUGAGGCGUGUUGUUUGUAUUUCUCGCUUGAUACUUCUAGUAUCUAGUCGGCGCUGCAGGACUUCCUCUGUCACAGUCAGCGGUGUAACUGCUCUUCAUUUUUUGCUCGGUACCUGACGACGCGAACACCGAGAAGCAACAAGAUGCUUAUGGGUGGAGGUGAUGCAACUUUGUCAGUGUGCGUUCUCGCUUGUCAUGGUGUCACUCUGUGUGCCUCUAAAAGCAGCGCUGUCAAAAUGGACUAGUUGUAACCGCCAUCGUAAGACUUGAGUCUGUACAACUUAAACUUUUUUAUUCUUUGCCCUCCUCAUCAAGUCCUUGUUGCAUCGAGCAUAGCACGAGAUCAUUGGUAUUGUGGCUCGUCCUUUGAUCUUCAAUCCUAAAUCCUAUCUAAUUCGAAGUUCACGCAAAAGCAUCAACGACGGCCUCACGCGAGAUAGGCUACAGUGGCCACGAAUACGGAUUGGUAACCACAUUUUGUGCGGUCGCAUUUUACGGCUACCGCUAAUCCAUACCGCUAAUCCGCUCCACCUGAUACGCGGAUCCCUCCUACAGCGGAUCCCUCAGGCCCCAUGGACGUUUCUUCCCAAUCGAUUUUUCUCUUUCCUAGGUAGGCUCCUCCCAGCAGAUUGAUACCUACGAAGAGAGACAGGAGAGUGAUAGAAAUGCGCUACGGCUACUAAGAAAUCGUACGGAGGAUACAGUAUAUCUUAAGUAUUCUUACAUUACGAGAGCUCUACUAAGGAUUGGGCGCAACGUGGGUCGAGCGUCACAUCACUUGGGACCGAAAUAUGUGGGGCUCUGAUCAGCUGAGUUCCGUCGAACCUGCAGGACUUCUCAAACUUGUCAUUAAGAAUUUCUUUUAGAAGUGCAAUACGGUGCAUGUAAAGAAAAAUAAGCAGUUAACUUUUCUUUCAUUUUCAUUCUGGGUUUGUCCCUCCAAUCAAUAAAUAAGGCGCAUAUAAACUACGGGUCCGUCUACAUUGGAAGACGCCCAUAGACACCUAGAAGAGUGUGCGCAGACAGACAUACCUACUAGUAACACUAGAUCAUGAAGGUACAACAGAUAUUAGAUAGGUCUAUGUCUAAGUUUGAGGGUGUUCGUGAUGCCUCAAGUGCCCUGUCCUACGCCCCUGCCGAAAGGAAGCUGUUCGAUAGGGAGCUCGAAAAGAGGAAGACUUUGAGAGGCUGUUAAAGGAAGGAAAAGCGAGGCGGCAAUAUGAUAAUCAUCCGAGUAGUCGCGGAGGCUGUUAGAAGAAGACGUUACGUGGCUCUUAGAAAUCAAUAACGCGAGGCGGCUGUCAAACAAGAAAAAACGCUGCGUCUCUUUCAGAGCCUCUGAAUCAGAGGUGGAAAAUUCCGAAUUAUGGCGAAUGUAAAAGAGGAAAACUAAACUGCGGAAGGCUACUAGCGUCAUUGGUUCAUGAGCUACGGCGCGAGCAUUGUACUGCAUUGGAAUACAGCAAAACAAAGCAAGUUUAGCCGCAGCGCUUUGUAGUCAACAGCCUCACCAACUUCAUCUUCAACAUGGCUGAACAGAAAGACUACAACUUCAUUUUCUAUCCUACAUACAUACUACAUUAACUUGCACCAUAAUUCUCGGAGAAAAGUAACAAAAUG